AUGGCCCUUACUGCCUCCCAAAGCGACGCUCCGGUAGGGACUGACGACGAGAAGGAGAAGGUAGCGUACGAGGAGGAUCGUAGGACCCCCUCUACCCCCGGCUCUCCUCAGACAUCCGCACUCGACUAUGGGAUCGCUGCAAAGCCCAGGCUGCCGAUAUGGUGGCGAGGGGUGAUUAUCAUCUUGACCUGCUUCUGCACAUUCGGUAACCAUUGGUCCAAUGGAUUAAUUGUCGCGAUGAAGACGACGAUCAUCAAAGAAGACAAGAUCAACAACUCGCAAUUCGCGACCUUGGUCGCCGUCACCAACCUGGUUAACACGUUCCUGUGUAUCGGCCUCGGGUUCACCAUCGACAAAUUCGGCGGCGCGCUGCUGUCGAUCAUCCUCGCGAGCUUCCACUUCGCGGGCUCCGCCGUGAUGGCCGGCGCCGCGACGAACCACCUCAACAGCUACGCCCUGCUCAUCGUUGGAAAGACGCUCGCCGCCAUCGGCGACGGCUCGCUCGACAAUGCUCAACACCGGAUCUUCUCGACGUACUUUGCUCCCGGACAAGGCUUCGGGUUCUCUAUCGGCAUGAUCUGGGGCAUAGCCAAUCUUGCUCAGUUCACGGGCCAGUCCACUGCCAACAUUAUCACCAAGAACACCGGAACCUACGCGUGGACGCUGUGGAUCAGCACCUGCAUCGCCGGCUUCUCCGUCGCCUGCGCCUUCUCCGUCUUCUUCCUCGACAAGUACCUCCGCCGCCGUUACACCAUCAAGGACCAGACCAGCGGCUUGCAACACACCGGCGCCGUCAGGGGCGGCGUGUUCUCCCUCAAGGCGAUCCGCCACCUCCCGCUUACCUUCUGGCUCGUCGUCCUCUUCGCCAUCUUCGAGAACGCCGGCGUGCAGAGCUUCGUCUCGAUCUCGACGCAGUUCGCGCAGCAGAGGCUCAAGAAAGGCGCGGUCAUCGGAGGCUGGGUGUCGAGUUUCUACCUGUUGCUCCCGGCUUGCGCGACGCCGUUCAUUGGCAUCUUCAUCGACAUGUAUGGGAACCGGAUUUCGUUCUUGUUUGCCUCCGGUCUCACGUUCUUGAUUUCGAUGCUUCUGCUCAAGUUUUCUCACUCGGUCCCUGCUUUCAUCGCGGCAUACAUCUUCUAUGCUUUGUCACAGGUCGUCACCCCCGCGCCCCAAGUAGAGAUCAUUCGUAACAUCAUCCCCGACCCCCAAUACUUCGCCACUGGCUUCGCCAUCAAGAAGAGCGUCGUCCAGGCGAGUAUCGUCAUCAUCACGACGGCCGCUGGCAAGCUCCAGGACGAUACCGCCAGCAACUCGCUGGACCCCGCAGUCUCCUUGUGGCUGGCGUACGCGUUCAUCAGCGUCGCCGUCUCCGGCACGAUGCUCGCCAUCGCGCAGUUCGCUCCCGCCCUCCUCCCCGCCGCGCGCCUCUCGCAAGUCAGGCCGAGCCGCCUCCCGGAAGAAGUCGACCGGCUCUUCCCGUCGGACGCGCUGCCCGCCGGCGCCAAGGGCCCGCACGGCGAGACGCUCGCGUCCGACGUCGACUCGGAGAACGAGAUCGCGGAGGUCAAGGUCAAGGAGCGCAUCCUCAAGAGCCCGCGCGCCGGGUUCGAGGGCAUGCGCUGGGCCUUCCUCGCCGCGUCGCUCGGGAUCAUCUUCAUCGGCUGGAUCAUGUUCGGCCUCGGUGUCGGCUGGGGCGUCCACGGAUCCGUCAUCGCCGGUACCACGGGCGAAUGA